AGAAAAAAAAAAUCACAUUUUUGAAAAUUACAGAUAGAGAGAGCUCGACGACCUAAAACCCUAAAUCUCGGAUCCGCCAUGAGAGGAGCUCUCUUCAGAAAUGCAUCUCUCUGCGCUCGCAGACUUCUCCUUUCUCCUCGAAUCAACACUCAUCAACCCUCCUCCUCCUCCAAUGCUCGUUUCGUCGCUCCGAUCGCCACUCCGUUUCCCCCCAGAUUAUUCUCCUCCGAAUCCGAUUCCUCCGGCGAGAACCCUCCUCCUCCUCCGGAGUCUUCUUCUCCGAUUGAAUCCUCCAACAAGAAAGAUCUCGCUGUAGAAGACGUAGGAAACAAAGAGCUUAAGGCCCGUAUAGAGAAGUACUUCAACGAAGGAAACGAAGACGCUUUACCCGGAAUCAUCGAAGCUCUUCUCCAGAGAAGGCUUGCUGACAAGCACGCGGACACGGAUGACGAAGUGAUGGACUCGCUCCAGAACCAGCCUUUCAAAGACGAUGUGAAAGACGAAGACUUUGAAUCUGAUUUCGAGGAAGCUCACUCUACUGACGACGAGCUCGAGGAUCUGUAUAAUUCCCCUGAGUAUGUGAAGAAGAAGAUGCAGAACAAUGAGUUCUUUAAUAUGGAUGAGAAGAAGUGGGAUGUCAUUGUUAGAGAUGGGAUUAGGCAUGGGAUUUUGAAGGAUACUAAGGAGUGUGAAGAGAUUCUUGAGGAUAUGCUUCACUGGGACAAGCUUCUUCCUGAUGACUUGAAGAAGAAAGUUGAAGCGAAGUUUAAUGAGCUCGGAGACAUGUGUGAAAGGGGUGAAAUCGAGCCUGAAGCAGCUUAUGAGCUGUUUAAGGAAUUCGAAGAUGAGAUGGUGAUUCAAUAUGGGGAUCAAAUGGAAGCUGCGGGACCUCCCAAGUUUGAUGAAACGGAUCCUUCCUAUAGCAACACCAACUUGGAUGACCCUCCCGGUAAAGGUCCAAUCCUUAGGUGGCAGUCAAGGAUUGUUUUUGCUCCUGGAGGCGAUGCUUGGCAUCCAAAGAACAGGAAAGUUAAACUGUCUGUUACAGUGAAAGAGCUCGGACUCUCUAAGCAUCAGGCUCGUAGGCUACGGGAGCUCGUUGGAAAAAGAUAUGAUUCAGGGAAAGACGAGCUUACAAUCACAAGCGAGAGGUUUGAACACCGAGAGGAAAACAGGAAAGACUGCUUGCGGACGCUAUACGGGUUGAUAGAGGAAGCUGCGAAGGCUAACAAGAUUGCUGAGGACAUAAGAACUGCUUAUGUGAAACAGAGGCUCCAAGCUAAUCCAGCUUUUAUGCAGAAACUACAAGCCAAGAUCAUGAGGUCUAAAGAAUCAAAUCCCAUCAACGCAUAAUGAAACCUCUUCCUGGUUCGUGCUUUUGUUCUCGUUUCACCAAAGAAUCGAAGUUGAUCGUCUCUUUUUGGACCAUCAGUUGAUCCGGUUAUGGGAUCCAUAAAGAAUUGAUGACAACUUGAUAUUUGUUUUGGUUUUGCUUCUCCUCUUCUCAUGAAACUUAGUCGUGUUGUUGAGGGCUAUUAGGACCAUGAGACACUCAACAUUUAACGUUAUGAAUCUCCUCCCCUGAAAUUUGGGUUUCAAUAUGGGAUUUGGAUCGGUUUAUCCGGUUUAGAAAGAAAGUGACUACAGAAAAAACAAAAGAUAGUUGUUCUAUGCAUCA